UCCCGAGGCCGCAGAAGCUCGCGGUGCGCGGCAGCUGGUAGCUUAAAUACAGCAGUUACAGCUGCGGGGGACAGCUGUAGAUCCUAACACGGGGCUGCCGCUCACAGAUGCACAACUCUGAGCUCUGAGCUUGCAGCCCGGGUACUUAGAGCCUGGGACAAGGCUGCCGGCAGGAUCGCGGCCUGCGGAGGCGUCGGCGUCCAGUGCUACGGUGGCCGCACAGGGCCCUGCCCGGUAAUUCCCGCGGUGUAUACGCGCUGCUCGCCGUGGCUGCUGGAGCCGGAGCGUGCCCUGCUGUGGGAACUCCUGUGCAGCUGUACUGUUAUCCAGUCCUGUGUCGCCCAGGGGUCGGCUUGAGUCUGGCGGAGUGGAGAAGGGCAUUGAAUUUUAUAUCAGAAUGGAAUCGUGUGAUGGCUUCUUCUUUAGAAUUUGAAUAUGGAGGCUUCAGGAACAGAUGAAGUUGACAAGCUAAAAUCUAAAUUUAUGUCUGCUUGGAACAACAUGAAAUACAGUUGGGUGUUGAAAACAAAGACGUAUUUUAGUAGAAACUCACCGGUUUUAUUACUUGGAAAAUGUUAUCAUUUUAAAUAUGAAGAUGAAGACAAGAUGUUGCCUGCGAGAUCAGGAUGUACUAUUGAAGAGCAUGUGAUUGCAGGAAAUGUGGAGGAAUUCCGUAAGGAUUUCAUUUCUAGAAUUUGGCUGACCUACAGGGAAGAAUUUCCUCAAAUAGAAGCCUCAGCCUUGACGACAGACUGUGGCUGGGGCUGUACGCUGAGGACUGGCCAGAUGCUCUUGGCUCAAGGGCUCAUACUACACUUUCUUGGUAGAGCUUGGACCUGGCCCGAUGCACUGCACAUCGAGAACUCAGACUCUGACUCGUGGACUUCCAACACCGUCAAAAAGUUUACCGCAUCACUUGAAGCCUCGCUUUCAGGGGAAAGGGAGCUCAGAACUCCAGCAGUUUCUCUGAAGGAAACGAUCAGGAAGCAUCCUGACGACCUUGCAGCGCAGAACGAGAUUUGUCACAGGAAAAUUGUCUCUUGGUUUGGAGACUCCCCUCUGUCUGUCUUCGGCUUACAUCGACUCAUAGAGUUCGGCAAGAAGUCUGGGAAAAAGGCUGGAGAUUGGUACGGGCCAGCCGUGGUUGCUCACAUUUUAAGAAAAGCAGUAGAAGAAGCAAGACACCCCGACUUACAAGGACUAACUAUUUAUGUCGCGCAGGAUUGCACAGUUUACAAUUCUGAUGUGAUUGAUAAGCAGACCGACUCUGUGACCUCUGGGGACGCCAGGGACAAGGCUGUUAUUAUCUUAGUUCCUGUUAGACUUGGUGGAGAAAGAACCAACACUGACUAUCUGGAGUUUGUGAAGGGUGUUUUAAGCCUUGAAUACUGUGUAGGUAUUAUUGGCGGCAAACCCAAACAGUCGUAUUACUUUGCUGGAUUUCAAGAUGACAGUUUGAUUUACAUGGACCCUCAUUACUGCCAGCCUUUUGUAGAUGUCAGCAUAAAGGAUUUCCCUCUCGAGACAUUCCACUGUCCUUCUCCUAAGAAGAUGUCAUUUCGGAAGAUGGAUCCUAGUUGUACGAUAGGAUUUUAUUGUCGAAACGUCCAGGACUUUGAACGAGCAUCCGAAGAAAUCACCAAGAUGUUGAAAAUUUCCUCUAAGGAGAAAUACCCAUUGUUUACUUUUGUGAACGGCCAUUCCAGAGACUUUGAUUUUACAUCCACUGCAGCCAGUGAAGAAGACCUGUUCUCGGAGGACGAAAAGAAAAAAUUCAAAAGAUUUAGCACAGAAGAGUUUGUCUUGCUUUAAAGACGAGUGCAUUCGUGUUUCCGAGAAGCGCUUGACCACAGGAGGGCCACGGAGAGUAACAAGCAGGCAUGAGAUCCUCUGCCGUCCAGUCCUAACUGUGCGCCGUCCUUCUAACAGUGCACAUUUGACAACACCCAAACGUGAAAGGAUUUUUCUGAAGGAAAUGACUUGAUGGCCCUUGCUUCUGAGUGAUAAAUAACAGUGGUUCCGGUUGCAUUCCAAAGACAUGCUGACGAAACACUACCUUAACCAUAAGCCUUGAUUCCCAGCAUCUUCUGCCUGUGCCCACUGGUCCCUUGGAGGUUUUGUGAUACAGGUUCCCUCAAAGAUUGGGAUCGCCAAACUAAUUUUCAAAGCCUUGCUUGGUGUUAAUGACAAGAGACCAGAGACUGGAUCUUCAAUACCCAGGCUCCUGCUGUUAACGGAACCAGAGGAUGCUUUGGAUUUGGGUAUCUGGAUAACUAAAUGGACACGUCAAAUCAUGUAAGCAGGAGUUUAUGGCAAUACUUAACCACAUGGUUUUCUAGUAGCUACUCCUUAUGCUUGUGCAGAGCAGUGAAGGAUGAAUAGAAAGCAUUGUCUUUUCUUUUCUUUCUUUGCUUUUUUUUUUCCCAAUCCUGGGGACCGAGCCCAGGGCCUUGUACAUGCUAGGCAGAUGUUCUACCUCUGAGCUGUCCUAAAGUGUAGAUUUUCCCCAUGUAUUUAAAAGUUAAGUUUUUAGUAGUAUCUAUAUUUAUUUUAAUUAGAUAAAGGAAAUUGUUUCCUAUCUUAAAAGUGAACUUUUGUAGUAUGAUAGGGCAUCUCUUGGGUACACAGUGGCACUGGGUUUUGAUCCUACUUCAUGUUCUGGCUUUGUGGGAGCCUAGCCGGUUUGGAUGCUCACCUUCCUAGACCUGGAUGGAGGGGGGAGGACCUUGGACUUUCCACAGGGCAGGGAACCCUGACUGCUCUUCAGACUGGAGAGGGAGGGAGAGAGGAGUGGGGGGAGGGGGAGAGGACUGGGAGGAGGGAGGGAAAUGGGAGGCUGGGAGGAGGCGGAAAUUUUUUUUAAAAGUGGUUAAAAAAAAGUGAACUUUUGUGGAAAUCUAAUGUAUUACCCAAUUUUUAAGUCUAAAGAUGAAUAGCAAGAAAGAUAUGGAUGUUUUUGAUUUUGCUGUUUGUUUAAAGUGUUGCCAUGGUGUUUAGAGGUUAAGACUGUUUGCAGGUUAAAUCUGCCUUAAAUGUGUUGAGAGUUUACUUAAAGACAAAUUUGUGAUAUAAAAAUAUGCCAGGAUUAUAAAAUAAGUACUUUAAUAAACAUGUGAGAACAUAAA